UACAUUUUAGUUUCGAGCUAUUGCUGUCAACCAUGUUGGAAUGCUGAAACGAAUGUGUGCUGAAGACUUCUUUCCAGUCAAUCAAAUUUGAAUCUUGCUGCAAAGAUGUCGUUGUUUAAAAAGAAGAAGGCUGGGAACAUAAGAGAGCGAAAAUUACCUUUCGAUGAAGAAGAAGAUGAAAAGCCAGUUGGAGAUGUAUCUGGGGGAUUUGGUUUAACUUCAAAUAAUGGCUCUUUUACAAAUGCCAUAAAAAAAGAGAAGAAGAAAAGCAAAGAAAAACGAAUAGCUGUUAAUGCAUUGAGCUUUGAAGAUGAACUUGAAGCUGAUGAUGGCAUCGCUUUUCAAGAGAAGAAAUCUGUCUUGAGCUACAAGCUGAGGCGGGAGAUGAAGAAGGAACGGAAAGAAAAGAAGAAAGAAGAGAAGGACAAGUUCAGAGACAAGCCCUCCUUGAAGGGUGGAAUUGCUGAAUUGUCGGAAAUGGGAAUAAAAAUUGUGAAUGGUCGUGAAGCUGAGGCCAUUGCUCACCAACCCGGAGACUCAGAUGAUGAUGAUGAAGUUGUUGAUAUCAAGUCCAGCAAAGAGAGCCAACACGAAUUUCAGCUACAUAGGAAUGCAACACGUGAUCUCAAAGACGUGGGAAGGCUCACAGCAACAUCACGCCAUAACAGACAUUCAACACUGGACCCACUGAAGAAUAUUCUGAAAAGUGGUCAAAUUCCUGAUGCCAAUGUAAUUCACAUGAUCAGGAAACAGAGACAGCAGGCUAGAGAAAUGGCUGACUACAUCCCUGUUGACAAAGGAGCUGAGAGGGAAGAAGUAAAAGUGUCUCAUAAGCCUGGUGGACGACUGAUACGUGAGGAGGACAAUGACAGAGAUGAAGACGAUGGUGGGGGAGGAGGGGAUGGUCGUCUACACUUCAGUGAUGUGCACUCCGGUACUGGAGGGGCCAGCGCUGGCACUAGCCUCUCGGAGGUUAAGGCUAUGGUUGCUGUGGGACGCGUCCAUCAGGGUUCCGACGAAGAAGAUCGCGUGUGGGAGACUCAGCAAAUGAAGAAAGCAGCUGGCAAGCUGGGAGAAAUGGAAUUGGACGCUUCAUCACGUCCAGGCUUUACAUUCGGUCCUGCACCUUCGAUCCCUUCAUUCACAUCUUCUGCAGCUGCGGUUACAAAUGCCAUCAACAACGGCAGCACAGGAGCUUUGCUGCCCAGCAACAGCACGCCAACACCCACCACUCUGAUGGCUGCCACCGCCUUGCUGUCAUCGCGGCCUGGAGCAAACUAUCAGGCAGAAGGCAUCAUGAAGCGACUCAGGGAUAGUCGCAACAGCCUGGCAGAAGUACAUCGACGCCACGCCCUGGACAGAGACGCGCUGCGUGUCGAGCACGAAGAGUGCGUUGAAGGUGUGAGGCUGUGUGAACAGAAGAAGGCUGAGCUCGCGCAGACGUUCCAGUUAUAUCAAGCAUUGCGUGGGUAUGUCACUGAUCUCAGAGAAUGUCUUAAUGAAAAGAUGGUGGGCAUUGAAGAUCUGGAGCAGCGCGUGUUAACGCUCUACAAGCAACGCACCGACAAGCUUCUUGCUCGUCGUCGUCAAGAUGUUACUGAUCAGAACGAUGAGGUCUCACCUUUUAUUAGCGAGUCUCUAAAGCAAUGUCCGUUGCGUACCCGCCGGGGUGCUGAACGUGAAGGUCGUCGCACGCGUCGCCGACGUGAACGAGAGAAGCGCGGAGGCUCUGCAGCUCAGGACCAUCACGACGGCACCAGCACCGACGACGAGUUGCCCACUCAGCAGCUGCAGCAAUACCAGCAACAGCUCGAGGCUUUAUCAAAGGAGUCAGUUGAGCUUUUCUCAGAUGUUGAAGAAGAUUUCUGCUCUUUGGAGGCGGUCUUGCGUCAGUUUGAGAAGUGGCGCAGGGCUGCACCGCAAGCGUAUGCAGACGCCUAUGCUGCAAACAACAUGCCUGCACUUGUCGGAGUAUUUAUACGGUUAGAGUUGCUGCUAUGGAACCCGUUGAGUGAAGGCGUUGAAAUAGAGCGACAGGCCUGGUAUGCGCAGCUGGCCAUGUAUGCCGCACCUCCAGCCUCGGCCGCCCUGACGCUACAGGAGUUUGCUCAAGACCCCGACAAGCAUUUGCUUUCGAGGGUCGUUGAAAAAGUCGUGCUCGUCAAGCUCAGAGACGUGGUAGUGGCUUACUGGGAUCCUCUGUCGCACUCGCAAAGCGUCCGCCUUGUGAACCUGGUCCGUCAUUUCUGCCAGUCUUGUCCCACUAUUCGUCCCACUUCUCAGCCGCUCAAGAAGCUCUGCACUGCCGUCGUAGACAAGAUUAGACAAGCCAUUGACAAAGACGUCUUCAUUCCUAUAUUCAAUAAAACAGCAUACGAGUCUCGAACAUCGUCAGGCAGUUUGUUCUUUCAACGCCAGUUUUGGGUGGCCUGGAAGUUGUUGAGUUUAGUACUCAUGUGGCAUAAAAUUCUAAGUGAAAACUCGAUAUCAGAUCUGGGGAUCAGGAGCAUCCUGAACUUGUACCUUAUUCCUGCAUUAAACAUCGCAGCCCAAGUUAACCUCAAGGACGGUCUUGAGAAGGCUAAAUACGUGAUUCAGGCCAUGCCCAGGGAGUGGGCCAAACAAGAGAACUCUGAUGGCAGCGCUCACAUCUUUCUUUCAAAGCUGGAACAUUUUUUGGCUUCAACUGCUCAAAAAACAGCCGACAUCGCGUAUACCAAUGACCCUCAUUGGGAUGACGCACUUCAAGAAAUACGGAAGCUUCUCAAAAGUAUUGGUGCUUCGCGAGCGGCUUCUGAAAUAUCUGCAAAAUACCUCACAAAAAAGGAAAAAUCUGAAGACUAAUCACAUCCUUUCUAUAUUUCUCUUGUGAGCUCAACUGAAGUCGAGAAUGAAUAAAUGUAUAUGGGUUAUUUAGGAAUUUUACAAUUUAUUUUGAUAAGUGAAAUUUAUGUCCCAUGUUCACAAAUUAUCCUUCUUUGUGAAAACAUGAUAGAUAUUGGAGACCUCGUCGACGCGGAUUAUUUUUAUUAUUCGUUUUUAAAAUGAGUAAAAUAUUACGAAUGAAUCAUUCACAUAACGGCAAUUUGCUGGUUAUUUGUUAUCUGUGCACAAUAAUUGUCAAAAAAAUCUAAUUAUAUUUGACAGCUCCUCACAUUCUUGUGGCAGUACUUGUUAAAUCUAAAUACAUAGCUUCUUUUUCGAUUUUUGAAUCGAAAAAAAAGAUUGAGAAAAUCUUUGUGUGUCUUUCGGUCAAUAAGCGACUUGUAAAAUUAUCAACAGACUCGGGGUAUUGGAGCCUUGGAGGUGUGUUAUGCUUUGACUGAUCAUUUAUUCACAUGUUUCGUUGUUGAGUGUAUCCACUUGACAUUGAAAUAAUGAUGUCCUGAAAGGAUGCAGAUCUCAAACUGAUUCCCUGUUUUCAUUCCCCAGCCCAUAGUAACUCACGAACAUAGCUUCACAUGUGUGUUUAUUUUUACUACUGAAGUACGGUUUCGAAGCUCUUAAGGUGUUUUACUGUUAUUCGGUAAAUAUACUUAGACCGGUUUGAAGCUCAAAACAGGACUUUUUCGCUAGGUAUCGGUAAAUUUCUGCCCUCCUGCAAUGACAGUAAAAGUACUUAUUUCGUCCACGCCGUAUGAGCUUCAACUUUAGAGUUUCGGAAAUCUGUAACGCGAAAAUCCAGUCGCUAGUUGCUAUCGAGACCUUAUCGACCAUCGACAGUUUUGAUAGUACGCCAAAUUCGUUUGUUUUACGGUUGUGAUCAUUUGACUUGAAAUUCCACUGCCAUCUGUACGCGGAGGACAAAGUUUAUCAAGAUUUAAAUGCUGUGUGGAUUACGAUUUUAUUAAUUACGAUUUCAGAUGCAGUGUAGUGUAAAUACGAAUGCAGUGUAGACCACCACAUUGAUUGCAACCGCUGUCAUGGUUAUAGGCUCACAUCUUUCCGGUCAUUAUUUUCAUCCGAAAGAUUCAUGGCCUAAUUAGAUACUUAAUAUUACUAGCUGGUUUUUAUUCCCUACUGUUUUACCAAUGCAUGACGCGUUCGUUAAUAUAUGUUGGCCAUCUUCGAUAUUUUUUCAUUUCGAUUCAUUAUUUACCCAUAAAUUAAUUUUCCUAUCAUUCAGGGAUGGCCAAAAUGUAUUCAUAGCCCUACUAGUGACCAUUCAUUUUCUUCUAUGUUCAAAGCCCGGUUUGUAAAAGUUCACAGAAAAAAUGUACAUCGUCAUGUAUCGUUAAUUCCUGCAUAAAAACUUAGAAUGAAGCGAAGAUAUACGCAAACAUGGAUGACACGAAGAUUUGCGGAAUGGAAGAGGGUUUUCAAUACCGGUAGAAUUGCGAUUUUGAUUACAGUUGUUCCUCCGAUAUUCUGUCUACUUGAAAUAGAUUACAUUAACUACAGUGUGCAACUAACAAGCCAACGAAUAUAUUCAAGGACGUAUCCUAGGACUUUCAAGGACUUAUAAAAGAUGACUUUGGCGCUGAAGCGACCUUCACUUGAGCAACUCAACCGUCUAACACGGUUCCAAAGUCCAACAUCCCCGAAAUGAAACUUUUUGCGUCUUGAAGUUGCUAGGAAUUAACUUCAAAUUUUUUAAACGUACCUUGGGAUGUCUUAUCGUAAUUGUAGAGUCCUGGCUCUGCAUAUGCAUAAUUAGCUGCUUUUUUGCGCGUUAUAAAUUUGAUAUUGUUAUUUAUUUAACGAACAUUGGUGUAACAGUUUGAGAUGUCCGCUGGUAAUUUCAUAUGUAACUGGCCUGCAGCGUGACUGCUCAAAGCUCAAUUCGGGAAGUGUAGGGGUCAAAUACCAAAACCUAUCUUUAAUUUUAGGCAUAUUUUGUUUGUCAUAGUUGUGAUACGUACAUCGGAAAUCAUAUGUAUGAGCAUAACAGAGUGAAAGGCCACUUUUAACAACCUCUAAAAUUUCAGCAAGGCAUUGUGAUCUUAGCAACAAGCGUUUUUUUUAUUACAGCUCCUACCGAAUCUAAUAUGCAUGAGACAAUGUAAAUACACGUUGGCAGUGGACAGGUAGAAUCGAAU